AUGCCGUUGCUUGCGGAGCGUCCGCGCUCUUCGCAAGAGGCGCUCCUCCGCCUCGAGAAGGGCACCGCCAGUCCCACCACCCAACUAUACGACGCGGCGCAGAUUCUUGGCUUAGAUUUGGCUCUGUGUGAGAGUCAUCCAGAAGUACACCGGGAAAUUUCGAUUCCAACAAACGCUACCCCGAAGGAAGAAUGGGUUCUACGAUGGCUACUUAAGAGACUCCGGACCGGCAAGAACUACAGAGUGGACGCGGCUUCGUUCCUUUUAUUGCGACAGCUUAUCAACCUCAUUUCACCCAAAAACCUUGCUGCCGUUCUCAAGGAUCAAAAGUUCCUGUCGAUCUUCUGCGACACGUUUGCAGAUCUGGAAACCGACAUCUUUGCUGGCCUCGGGAAUGGGCUUGCGAACUUGAGCUCUGACUCCGAGUCUAGCCAUACGCUUACUGGUUCUCCGGCUCGUGAUGAUCGCCAUGGAAAGAAGCGCAAGAGAAUGACGACCGAGACCGACGCAGACCCAAUGGAGGAGGACAAGCAGCGACAGAACCCCGCAGCAUGCUUCCUUGCAUUUAUUCGCGCACUUGACUGUCUUCAUGGAUUCAUGAGCCUUUCACAACGGAUUAUCAGCACUGAUGGGGUCGCGAAUUCCCACCUGAAGCUUGCACUGAGGGGUGAGCCCGAGGCUGUAGCCAUGUUGCUCGGUCGAUCAUUCAGGGUGGCCGCCAUGGCCGCAAAGCAGUUCUCACACGCUGGACAAACAACCGAUCUGCAGCACCUGCUUUAUGUGUUUCCCUCUGUGGUGGAGCUGUGGGAAUUGAGAUCCUACCGCGAGGACGAUGCGGACAACAAAUCUAGCAAUGAAUUUUUCGCGAGACACUGCUUUGCCCAUGGACUGCGGUUGCAACACUGUGUGCGCUCAGUCAAACUCGAUACUGAUGAGCGCGCCCACCUCCUCCAUUCAGUUGAGCGCAUCCUAGCUCUUCAUGUUUUACUUCCGGCUCGCGCGGCAUUCUUUGAGCGUGGAGGAUCUGGGAUUGACUAUUCUAAAGAUGAGCCUGACUGGAGCCCAGUCAAGCCGAUUACAGAUACAUUCAGACCGAUCAUUCGUGAAUUUACCGUGGCCAAAGAAAACAAAGCAUCCAACGAUGGAUGCGUGCACCCCUGGCGAUCAGUCGAGCUCCUUCCCGAGCUUUUCGACAAUGCUGUGCGCGCUGUACCUAGAGACGUGUUUCGUCGUCAGACACAUGAAGCCCCAUGGCUGGAGACUUUAUUCGUUGCUGUUGCAGAGCUUUCAUUCUCGACAGCAAAGGAGGAAGACUUCGCAACGUUUUCGUCCAAGUUCAUCUCGGUAUUGGAGCAGCUUCUCCAAGUGGCCUUCGAUCGAAAUGUCGGACUUUCUUUGCAAACCAUCAUGGCACAUGCCAACUACACCGGCCUCUUUGAAGAAGGCCUUGAAAAGGUUCAAUGGAACGUGACAGCGCUUUUCGUCAGUCUCGGUGUUGAUAUUUUCCUACCAAACUCUGGUUUACGUGAUUCCCGCAAGCUUCUCGACGCACUGCUUGACAAAGUCAUUGUGAACUGGCGCGAGAACAGUGCCCGAAGCAAGAAGGAAUACAACGUGAUCAAAGAUAAGAUUGUGAUCCCCCUGCUGCGAGGUUUUGCUGCGGCAAGAGACCUGCCUACUUUCAUGGAAGUGUGGCACAAUCAACUCAUUGCCAUUGAAGAAGCUCGUCAGGACAAUAGCAAUCUGAGCCUUUUCUCGGUUUGGGAAGAUGAUGAUCUUUCGAAUGCUUAUGCGGAGCUGAUGCGAACUUCUCUUACCGAGUCGCAAGUUGCUGCUCAAAUGGCCACGGCCGCUAAAGAGACAAGAGACGAGACUGGCAAGGUUGCUGAAAGUGCUCAAUCUUACGCGAAGCUGGUCAUUGUCGAAGCAAGCUUCUGUGGCCGUGUUUCACCCUUUUUGGAUUCUGACACUAUCCUGUCAUCUCUUCUUGAGACCCUGAGUUCGACUCUUUCCUCCAAACAGGCUUUGCACUGGAGAUGGCGUUUGUGGCGCUUGCUGCGAAAUCUCCUGGAGAACACUUUACAGUCGGCCAACGUUGAACUGGCGCAGUCAAUCAUGGGAAUGAUUGAAGUUGCCGAAAAGACUGUUCAUCGCAACCACAAGGACUUGACCAAAAAGCAACUUGCUUCGUUGGAAUCUUGGGAGGCCUACCGGUUCUCCAUUGCCGCCAUCAAAGCCCACGCCAGUGAUGUCCACCUCAAGUCUUUUAUCAAGAGCUCCAAGGAUGUGACAGACCUCAUCACCUCUGUCUCGGCUAAAGAUGCCAAGAAAUCCAUGAAGGCGCCCUGGAAUGGCCGGACAGAGACCGUGAAUACGGAAACCAACCUUGCUCUGGCUUACUUCCUCGCACUUGUCAGAGUCCCAGAAGUAUGGUCUCUCAUUGGCUCCGAUGAUCGAUCGCGCCUGUUCCGGCACAUCUUAUCUUUGGCAGCUGCUCAAUAUCGUUCAUCCUCGUUGCCUCUAGAAGCCGUCGCGGAAGAAGCAAGGUUCCUUCAAGCGUGGGCAAGCGUGGUCUGCCACGAGUACAUGCUCAACGCCCCCUUCAUCGUCUCCGAUCUAUCUCUUCUUCUGAACGAGAGCAUUGAGCAAGACUCUUCCAACCGCCGGCUCCUUGUCGAAAGUCUGCAGAGAGUACCGGCACCACUGAUCACUAAGGGUCUCAGAACCAACAUUCUGAAUAAAUUGCAGAAUGUGUUGCUACAGCAAGAUAGCUCUCCAGAAGUCUUGGUUGGUAUCAUUACCAUGAUGGCCAAACUGUCUGCAAUGCCAAAGUGCGAAGCCACGCUGACCAGUGAUUGGGAGCCCAUCUGGACAGUUGCGCGUGCAGUGCCAUUGGAGGGCACUGAUCUUGACCUCUUGAUCAUGAAAGCAUUCCGAGGCUUGUAUCGUGCUAUUCUAGCCAAGCUUCUGGUUCUGUCAGACGAGGACCAGAAGAAAUUAUUCAAGAAGCUCUUCGCCAGAGUAUCGAAACAAACCUCAAAGAUGAGACAGGUGGACCGGGACUCUAUGGCUUGCUUCCUUUUGCGAUUGACUUUGUCAGAACUUUGGGUCCACCGCAAGCAAUUGCACUCCGCUUUCUCCGAGAAGGAACUGAGCGAGUGCCGUCAGAAAGUCUUUGACUUGGUUUUGGCAGACAUGAAGUAUGUCAGAGACCAGUGUAAGAAGGGCAAAUUGGAGGAGACGAUCACUCUCAUCAAAACGAUUGAUGCCCUCGAAGAUUUCGAAGAUUUGGCCACCAACAACAUUGAAGUGGAAAAAUUCUUAUCGAAGAUCGAAAAUUACAUGGAAAUGUCCAUUGAUUCAGGCCCAUCGCGAUUGAUUCGACGCCGACUUCUCGCCAGCAAAGGUCCGGAGAAAAACAUUGCCCAGCCAGUCUUGCAAUGCGCCGAGACCCUCAGCCUCCAAUCUCUCUAUGAUGAAGACCAGCAGCUUUUCAUCCGAACUACGACCGAACGCUUCCGUUCCAUGCCCAUCGACAGAAUCACUCAAGCGAUUUGUGAAGUUCGUGGGCUUGGCUUGCUUGACAAAAACGCAGCAUAUAGACUUCUUGUCAUUUAUCUUGCCGUCGCCUCGCUCCCCGCCGUGGAAGACAAGGAGAGCGCCACAGCACGAGAGAUUUCCUUGCUAUGCACGGCCCUCGCCGAAGCUAUCGCGCAGAGCACAAGCAUCGACCAGUUCUGUCUCGCAUCCGAGUGUCUUGAUCAACUCCUCCGCAGCCACACCCGUUGCUUGUCCCAGUGCAAUAUUGACGCCAUCUUGGCCGCCAUCGCUAGUGCCUCCUCCAAGGUCGGGCCGCAGAUCUCUUCCACCUACGCCCCAACCAUUUACACACGUCUGUGUCGCCUCAUGGGCGUUGUGCUCAGUCUCCAGCGUCUUAAGAUCGGUGGCCGAUUUCAUCUCGUGAUCAAUGCCAUGCAACGCCUGCUGGGUUGCCUCUUCGCCCGCUCCCGCAAGCGUGGCCGCUCCCCACGCACUCAGACCACGCUUUCUCAACCUUUCUGGCUUGCCCCCCUCGAGCCCUCGCACGCCACAUACUACACCCGUCUGCUCACGUCCCUUUGCGACCCCACCGUCUCGGCAGUCCUUCGUCCCCAGGCCGGUGCUUCCCGCGACGCCCUGACCGAUCAGACAAAGAAGGCCAAGCGCAUCGCCGGUCAGUACCUGCAGUACGUUGUCAUGGAAUAUGCGCAGUGCUCGCUUCGCGGAUCGCUUUCCCCGGAUGUCAAGGCUGCCAUCAUGCCUGGUCUCUAUGCUGCUCUGGAUGUCAUGUCCCGGGAGUCCAUGCGUGCGCUGAAUGCCGCGCUGGAUGUCUCUGGUCGGGCUGUCUUCAAGUCGCUUUAUGAUGACUAUGUGAAGUUCGGCAAGUGGAACAAGGCCUGA